CCAGCUAGCUAGAGCUUUGUCAUUGAAAAUUCUUCUGCAACAUCUUUCUUAUUUCCAAGAAAUUUGGAGCCAUAUAUGACAGAGUCACUUUACCCCCUCAAGAAGCAAAACUACGUCGUUGACGCGUUUCCUCCAUAAAUUAAUAAGCGGUGUCGCUUUUGUUGACCUUUCUCUAGAAGCUAACAGCUGAUUACUUUUUAAUCCUUAAAACUCAGUUACAUACAUCCUUUCAUCACCAGCAUACCUCAUAUCAUAUGAAAAAUCCAUCGAAUACAAAGCCCCCGUGUACAACAUUAUCAAAGUUCUUAUCUUUGUGUUAACAUAGAAAAGAUGGUAGUAACAAACACUAGCUUAUCCAUUAGAAUUCUCGAUUGGGUCAUUGAAAUACACAGUUUCUUCUCAAAGUUGGUUGCGAAUACCUUCACUAGAUGGAAGUUUCGGACCAAGUUGGCAAUGAGUGAGAAGUUAUUAGAGGAUGAAAAACUAAGCGAAUCGGAUGUGAAGAAGGUGAUGGAUGAACUAGGAGUAGCUUAUAACCCAGAUAGCGAUAUUAUUGAUCAAGAGAGAAUUGGUGCACAUGAACUCUCACAACUGUUUGAUGAGGAGCAGCCUAGCUUGGAGGAAGUGAAGGAAGCCUUUGAAGUGUUUGAUGAAAACAAAGAUGGAUUCAUUGGUGCAACAGAGUUGUUAAGAGUUUUAUGCAGUUUGGGCCUUAAAGAAGGGUCAGAAGUAGAGGAGUGCACAAAGAUGAUAAGAGCAGUAGAUGAGAAUGGAGAUGGAUUGAUUGAUUUUAACGAGUUUGUGAAGUUUAUGGAGAAUUGUUUUUGCUAAAUGCUAGUUAGCUCUUUUGUCAUCUACAUGUACUGCUGCUUAUUAUUACUCUUUUUUCAAAUAAUUUGUGUCAUGGUUAUUAUUACUCUUUUUUUUCUUUU